AGUAUGAACCACUCCGCACUGUCUGUUGACGCUGUGGGAAGUUGGGAACAUGGCGGACAGUGCUAGUGAGAGCGAUACUGACGGGGCAGGUAGCAGUUCAACUACCCCUCACUGCUCGUCUUCCACUACCAAACCAGGCAUAGUCAUAUCUCCAUUCCGAUUAGAGGAGCUGAAGAACCGACUAGCCUCGCUGCAGCAAGAGAACAAAGUGCUGAAAAUCGAGCUAGAAACGUUCAAACUGAAAUGUAAAGCAUUGCAAGAGGAGAACAAGGAGCUUCGUCAAGCUAGUGUCACUAUCCAAGCCAGAGCAGAACAAGAAGAGGAGUUUAUCAGCAACACUUUGUUCAAGAAGAUCCAAACUCUGCAGAAGGAAAAGGAGACUCUUGCUGUUGAUUAUGAGAAUGAAGAAGAAUUUCUCACCAAUGAGCUCUCUAGGAAACUCAUGCAACUCCAACAUGAGAAGGCAGACUUGGAACAACACCUAGAGCAGGAGCAGGAGUUCCAGGUCAACAAACUAAUGAAGAAGAUCAAGAAGAUGGAGAACGACACCAUCUCAAAGCAGCUUACGCUGGAACAGCUAAGACGGGAAAAGAUCGAUCUGGAGAACACCCUGGAACAGGAACAGGAAUCUCUGGUGAACCGCCUUUGGAAAAGAAUGGACAAGCUGGAAGCUGAGAAACGAAUCCUUCAGGAGAAGCUGGACCAGCCUGUGUCAGCCCCUCCCUCUCCAUCCAUCGCCAUGGAAAUCGACUCACCUGAGAACAUGAUGAGACAUAUCCGCUUCCUGAAGAACGAGACAGAGAGGCUGAAAAAGAACCUUCAGACAGCCCAGUUACAACACACAGAGAAGCGAGCCCAGUACCUGGAGGAGGAGAGGCUGAUGAGAGAGGAGAACAUCAGACUGCAGCGGAAGCUCCAGAGGGAGAUGGAGAGGCGGGAGGCUCUGUGUCGCCAGCUGUCUGAGAGCGAGUCCAGCCUGGAGAUGGAUGACGAGAGGUAUUUCAAUGAGAUGUCUGCCCAAGGCCUCCGACCCCGGACUGUGUCCAGUCCCAUCCCCUACACCCCAUCUCCCUGCUCUAGCAGGCCUAUAUCACCUGGGCUAUCCUAUGGGAGUCACUCUGUCGGGUUAACUCCUCCCUCCACCCUGACCAGGGCAGGCAUGUCCUACUACAACACUCCUGGCCUCCAUGGUAACAUUGGCCCUUCCUCCCAUGUAGGCCCCUCCUCCCACAGCGGCACGAGACCCACGCCUAGGAGGAGCAACAGCCCUGACAGAUUCAAACGUCCAACCCCCCCUCCCUCCCCUAACACACAGCCCCCGCCCCCGCCGCCGUCACAGCCAAUGGCUGUCCAGUCCCCAUCAACCUCCCAGCAUUCUUUUCAGCAGCCUUAAAGCGGGAGUUGCUAUUGGAGCGGAGUGUAUAGAUGCCGUUUUAGGUCCUCCAACUGUACACACCAGAGAGACCGGUCAGAGUCCGCAGAUGUGGGAUGAGAGCUGCUAGGAUGAGAGCUGCUAGGAUGAGAGCUGUCGCUGUCAGAUUGGCAUGUGUAGUUUACGGCUAGGGAGAAAAAAAUGGGGUUCAAUUAUACUAUUAAGAAAGAACGUGCCCAAUAUGCAUUCUUAUUUAGGACUAAAAGCGCUUGGUGUGCAGUGUUUUGGUAGUCAUUUCGGGUGGAGGUUUGGUAGAAAUGUUGAGGUAGCGAUUUGGUAAUGACUUUGGGUUGAAGUGUUGGGGUGAAGGUUUGGGAGAAGUGUAGGGUUGAUUUCAUGUGGGUAGUAAUAUUGGGUAUAGUGUCCUGCCGUGGUACGUGUUGGUUUGCUGGUCGGGAAGUAAUAUUGGAGUGCAGUUUGAGUUGCGGGGUGGAGGUG